AUGACAUCUAAACGAAGCGGCCUGCCCACAGCCCCGAGGCGGGGUCCAGAGGUCAGAGUGUUUAGAGGAAGGAGGAGGAGAGUGCUGCGGUGCAGCUGGACUCGAAGGCCUGGAGGGCUGCCGGUGGGGUCUCAAAGGUCCAUGGGGUCCGAAGGUGCACUCUGUGGGGGUGGAGGUGGAGGUGACUUGACGGGACGCAAGGGCCGGUGAGUGGCUGUGGGCUGGGGUGAAGCGGGGCUGGUGGUUAAGGUGACCAUAUGGAUUGGAUUGUAGACAUUCCUCAGGAGGAGAGUGUGUGCAAAGGUCAGUGCGGAAAAAGAGGAGGGGGUCACACAGAUCUGUGCGUGUGUGUGUGUUUAUUUUUCUUCGGCUUACUCAGUGUUUCAGUUUACGAUUGUGGAUGGUUUUCCAUUGUUGGGCUGAGUAUUUUUUACCCACUGGGGUUGUGGAAUGUGAGAUACUUUAAACAACUUUCACAUGGGAAAUGUUGCAGGUGUGAGGAUCUUUCUUCUGCCGUUUGUCACAAAGGAAUUCAGCGUCUUGUUGUAAAUGUUGUUCUGUGAAAACAAAGCGAUUCUUCUCCGGCUCCUCUCAGCUUAACUCUGUCUCUCUUUGUGCUGUUUGUGCAGGUGGGAGGUCAGCAGGUCGCGGUCAUGCUGUCCUUGGAUGAACCUCUGGACCUGAAGCUCCCUCGAAGGGCCAAUGGGCGGGACAAAGGGGCACGCUCGCCCCCGCUUUCCCCGCUGCACCCCAAGCGAGCUCGCCAGCUUCGCAUGGCAGAUGACGGCACUGCGGUCAUUGAGCCGGCCUCACCGGCGUCUCCACAUACAGGUGGGUAACAAAGCAGCAGCUAAGACUCUGCUAGGGAGCCGGAUCAAUCCAAUUUACAAUGAAAAAAUCUUAAAAGAGUUUUUGGCUUAUUUUGUUAAAGGGAUAUUCCGGCGUAAAAUUAAUUUAGGGUCAAACACACCAUAACACAGAGUUAGACACCCCCGCAGAGAGAUGAAUGUUGCCGACUGCUUGCUUUUCUAGUUAUACCAACAUAAGUAACAACCACACGAUACCAAUACACAGCGGUCUGAAGAGUCACUGCAGAGACAGUCGCUUCUUUUAAGUCAAUUUUAAAAACUCACUUUUACAGACUUGCCUUUAUGUGAUGCCAUCUUUCAUCUUUUAUUGCCUUUUACCGUUUUUAUUUUUCUCCUUUUUCUUUUACCUCUUUCACCUCUUUCUUAUUUAGACUUACUGCCUUUUUAGCCUUUGUUUUACUUAUAAUCUUUUUAUUGAUUUUAAUGUUUUCAUUUUCCUUUAUUUUAUAUAUAUAUAUUUAAUUCCACUUUAUCAUUUAUAUUACCAUCAUUUUAUUUUAUUAUGAUUUUAUUAUUAUUAUUAAUAUCCUCUUUUAUACUUACUAGCCUGUUUUCUUCCCUCCUUCUUUUUUUUUUUUUUUUUUUUUUCUUUUGUUUUGGUCCUCAUGGUCCCAUUUAUUUUGUAGGGUUCUUGUAUUGCCUGGGUUUCUUACGAAAAGUGAAACAGGCCUACAAUUCAGAGGCCUGUUUUUAACUGAGCUUUUGUUUUUAUGUGUUUUUAUUUUCAAUGUGCUGAUUGAAAAUGUGCCCUUGCUCUGUGCUUACAACUUUUGUCUAAGCACUUUGUAAACUUCUGUUUUUAAAGGUGCUAUAUAAAUAAAAUUAUUAUUAUUAUUAUUAUAAACAAAUUUCAACCAAAACGCCACUCUAUAGCCACAAAUAAUGCUCAGAACAGCACCUAACUUCAUCAACAGUACAUACAGGGUCCCAGGAAUAGCACUAGUCACCAAACAUCUUUAUGACUUUAUGACACAACAGCUCAAGGAAGAACAUUUAUGAUCAUUUCUUCAUGGAAAAACAAUCAGACCGAGACGCUAAAGCAGAAGAACUACCGUGUCUGCAGAGCAAAAUGAGUAUUAUGAUGAUUAUUACUUCAAGGAAAUGAUGAAGAAAUGAUCAUAAAUGUUCUUCCUUGAGCUGCGUCACCCCGCUGUAGUCUGUAAUGGACUGGCCUGAGGUCUCGCUACAAACAAACAGCUGCUGGAAGAGAGUAGGUGAGUUGUGUUUAGUCUCUUUGCUAAAGAAAUCAGUCAAAGUUAAAAAGAUAUUUGGUGUCUAGUGCUAUUCCUGGGACUCUAUAUGUCCUGUUGAUGAAGUUAGGUGCUGUUCUGAGCAUUAUUUGUGGCUAUAGAGUGGCUUUUAGGUUGAGUUUUGUAAAUGGCUCCUGAGACCGCUGUGUAUUGCUUUUGAGCGGUCGUUACUAAAGUUGGUAUAACUAGAGAAGCAAGCGGUCGGCAACAUUCACCUCUCGAGGGGGUGUCUAACUCUGUGUUAUGGUGUGUUUGACCCUAAAUUAAUUUUACGCAGGAAUAUCCCUUUAAAAGGAGCAUUUUUGUCUAAUUUUGUUCAUUUGCAACAGGUAAGUAGUCGGACUCUGUAGUGGAAAUCACUGCUAAUGCUCAAAAUCACCACAGUCUGCACACUGUUUAAUAUCCAGUAUCUGUGAGGGUUUAGACAAUGGCUUUUUUCAGAGAAGUGACACUGAAAAAAACACAUUCUUUACACAUUACAGCAGCAAGGCUCGUUAGUUAAAGAGUCUGAGAGCCAAUAUGGCCUCCCUGCAAGUCUGACCUUCCACCCGUUGAAACAUUUGUCAUAUUGUGAAGCAGAAACUAUAAGAGAGGAGAUCUUGGACUGUCCAGCAAAGGGACUAAAUCCAAGAGUUCAUCCUCUGAAUGUCAGGAAGUUCAUUCAUUAGCCAUCAAAAGAUUUCAGUCUAAGGUGGAUUAACUGACUGAGCAGCUGGAAAACAAAUAUGUGGGACACUCUGAGACCAGCGUCCUAACAUCAGGGUCACCUUAGCAGGUCUUAAUAUGCGUGUCUGUCUUUUCUCAGGUGUGCAAGUGGUCCCUCAUGAUCGAACAGACACCCCCACUCCCCCUGCAGUGGACCUGAGUAUGUCUCCCUCCUCUCGGCACACCCCUAGCUCUCCAGAAAUGACAAACGGCAACUACGUCCCCUCAGGGGUGAGUAAGACUGGGUUUAGACACACACGCACAAACUGUCACGCCACCGCUCGUGUCCUACUUUAAAUUCACUCGAGUCUAUUUCGCUCACCUUUACCUGCACACCUCGUCUUUUUCCUUUCCUGUAUUUUCUAUAAAUCACAGACAGAGUACUUCAGUUUUUCGCAGGACUGAGUGGCCUGCACUUUUCUGUCCUCAGCAGAGUGAGUCAGCCUGCUGGGGUCAGCAAAUCAGGAACAACAUGGGUUGUGUCAGACUCUCCAUAAGGGAAUCAGACUAUAUACACAGUGUGGGAGGCCUGUGUGCAUGUGUGAGUGAGGUGGUGGUGGUGGUGGGGGGGGACUCUUAUCAAACACCUCUUGUGUCCCCAACAAGUGCCUCUGUCUGCACUCAGUGGCCUCGCUGGCAUGACGUGUGUACGAGUGUUUGGUACAUGUAUAAUCGGAUUUAAGUCAAGGUACAGCCACGCAGACCUCACGCCGCCUAAUUCAAUUCCCUCCCAAUUGAAUAAAGACACACAGGCCGGGAUCAUUUAGCCCCCCCAUCAGUCCGAGAUAGCCUCUGACCUCCCUGAGAUACACGCACUAUUAUACACUGUGGAUGCAGACUGCUCAAACAUUGUCUCUCUCAGGAACAGCUGCACACACUCACACUCACAUGUUCUCUCCCCUACAGCAGCAGCUCACAAAGCAGCUCACAUAGUUUUGCAUGCAGAGGCAGAGCCAAGCGCAGGGGAUUGGUCUCAUUUUAUGAAAUUUGUCAGAUACACAUUUCUGACAUAGCUGAAGAUGAGGAGACAGCCACGUUAUUGUGAUCCGUUUACACCCUUAUUUCCUGUCUCUGUGCAUUCACACACCGGCGAGGCGGCUCAGACUCGUGUGUCAUCUAUUCUCAAUUCUACUUUACAUCACAACUCUGCUGUUUUCAAGUUACACUGUGUGUGUCUGAGAGUGUGUUACCUCUCUGAGCCCCAGCAGCGUUUCAGUGACUCUUAAAGCUCUCACGCCGAGCUCAGGGAUGUAGGGAGGUUUGUAGCUCUCAGCAGGGGGGCUGUGCGAGGAAAAAAAGAGUAGAUUUUUGUAGCGGCUUUGCUCUUCAUUGACAAAAGGAGAGUUUGUAUCAACGAUGUACACUGAGAGGUUUUACCUUUUAGCUCGUGCUUGCUUCUUCUUCAUCGUCUUCUUCUUCUUCUUUUCCUGUGCACUGGAUGGGUAACCGUGGCGCUCUGUUUUUCUGCUCUUCUGUCUUGUUGAUCAGAACUCUCACAUCUCACAGGCCUUUCAGUUUUUCGUGCCAAUCGGAGCUGGUACGGGACUCCACCUGCCGUCCUCCAUGUUCAUAGGACAGACAACCGACAAGAGAGCCUCUCCUGACCUCUCGGCAGAUGAACAGCUGGCCUGUCGCUGGAAAAAGGUAAAACCCAGAAAGAGAAACAAACUUUUGAAUGAUUCAUAUCAUAUUGUCACGAGAAUACGUUUAGAAAUUCUCCGUGUUCUCCCUUUUCCUAGUGCCAUCUGCUCUUUGACUCCCUGCAAGACCUGGUGGAUCAUGUCAAUGACUUCCAUGUGAAACCGGAAAAAGAUUCUGGGUACUGCUGCCAUUGGGAGGGCUGUGCUCGCAAAGGGAGAGGCUUCAACGCAAGGUGAGAAUGAGAGAUGAAGAAGAAGAAGAAGAAGUUAGUUAACUAGCUGUAGCAGCCCUCUGAAAACCAUUCCCACACUUUUAAAACUGAUGAUGAACAGUUUGUUGUGAAUCCACCUCAGGGUUGAACUCUUGUAAUCUCUUACUGCCUUUGUCUGCUUUGACCAUGUGUGUGUUUCAUAAAUGUCAUAUGAUUUUAUGCGUUUCUUGGACUGCAGGUACAAGAUGCUCAUCCACAUCCGCACCCACACCAACGAGAAGCCCCACCGCUGUCCCACCUGUAACAAGAGCUUCUCACGCCUGGAGAACCUCAAAAUACACAACAGGUCUCACACAGGUCAGUGGUGGAUGGGUCUAAGUUAAAGAGAUGUUCCGGCGUAAAAUUAAUUUAGGGUCAAACACGCCGAAACACCGAGUUAGACACCCCCUCGAGAGAUGAAUGUUGCCGACCACUUGCUUCUAGUUAUAUCCAAUUUUAGUAACGACCGCAGAAUACCAAUAUACAGCGAUCUGAGGAGCCAUAAACAAACCUCAACCAAAACGCCACUCUAUAGCCACAAAUAAUGCUCAGAACAGCACCUAACUUCAUCAACAGGACAUAUAGGGUCCCAGUCAUAGUACUAGCCACCAAACAUCUUUUUAACUUUGCCUGAUUUCUUUAGCAAAGAGACUAAACACAACUCACCUACUCUCUUCCAGCAGCCCCUUACUUGUAGUGAGACCUCAGGCCAGUCCAUCAUGAAAUACAGCGGGGUGUCGCAGCUCAGGGAAGAACAUUUAUGAUCAUUACUCUAUCAUUUCCUUGAAGUAAUAAUCACCAUAUUAAUCAUUUUGCACUGCAGACGCGGUAGCUCUUCUAACUUAGGGUCUCAGUCUGAUCGCAUUUCCAUGAAGAAAUGAUCAUAGAUGUUCUUCCUUGAGCUGCGCCACCCCACAGCAGUCCGCAAUGGACAAGCCUGAGGUCCCCUUAGACCGCUGUGUAUUCCUAUCCUGCGAUCGUUACUAAAGUUGGUAUAACUCAAGAAGCAAGUGGUCGGCAACAUUUAUCUCUCGAGGGGUCGUCUAACUCAGGUUUACAGUGUGUUUGAACCUAAAUUAAUUUUACAUCUGAAUAUCCCUUUAAGGUUAAAAAAUCACAAAGUUUUGAUUGGAAAUACUUAUUCUGCAUUUCAAGGCUAAAUCACUUCGAUUCUUCUUGAUUUAAGACAGUAAAUGUCUUUGUGUGAAUGAAUGCUGGCUCUUCUCUGCAGGUGAGAAGCCCUACAUUUGUCCAUAUGAGGGUUGCAACAAGCGGUACUCCAACUCCAGCGACCGCUUCAAGCACACGCGCACGCACUACGUGGACAAGCCCUACUACUGCAAGAUGGUGGGCUGCCUAAAGCGCUACACAGAUCCCAGCUCUCUCCGCAAGCACAUCAAGGCCCACGGGCACUUUGUGGCCCAGGAGCAGGGCUCUCCGGGUGGGGUGGGCUCCCUGCUGAAAGGGAGUCAGAGUGGAGGGCUCGCCAACGAGGUGGGGAAAGAUUCAGAGAUGUCCUACGUCAGCGCAGCACACAUCAUCAUCCCAGGGGCGGCGGCUGCUCUCCUGGGAGGUCAUGCUCUGCAGGGCCUCGGCGGUGGCCUGCCCAUGUCCCCACUCAGUCCUCGACCCCUGGACCUCAGCACACUGGGUUGCCCCAGCUCACCUCCAGGCAGCCUUGGGGGCACGCCCAUCCUGUCCUUCAACGGCUCCCCGCUGGGCCUGGCCAAGUCCCCUUUGCUCUCCCCAGGGUUCCCCUCCUCGGCCCUCGGCCUGUCCAUGGUGCCCAUGAUGGGGGCCUCGUCUGAGCGAAGGGUCCAGAGCCAGCAAGGCAAGAAGGGCCGAGGGGAGGAGGCCAAGAACGAGGUGACUGGUGGGGUCCUGAACCUCUCCACAGGAGGGUCUCAUGAUCCUCUGUCCUGGGUGGUCAUCCCUCCAGGCACUGUGGUGCUUAAGCCAGCUGUGGUCAACUGA